AGCUGCAUUAUUUUGUGUCGUCUUUAAUUAAAACAAAUCUUUUUUUAAUAUAAAUAAUAAUAAUAUUUUGUAUUAAAUACUAAUUAAUUACUUGAAUUAAAUAAUAAUUCGUAAAGAAGUGAAAAUGCUUAUCAGCGAUAUAGUCUAUCUGAUAUUUCUGAUGAUAUUAUUAUUUAUCAUUAUUUAUAAGGGAUUCUCGUUUAGUUCUCGUUCGAAUGAUCAAGAUAAUAAUUUUAAUGCUACGCGGGAUGAAUUAUACUACAAUCGUCAUUGUCUGCCGGGCACAGAUCGCCAGGGUAAUAACUUUGCCACAGCUGAAGAAGCCGCUAGAGAUAAUCGCUACAAUGAUAUAUUCUUCAUUGAACCCAAUAGUCCAGAAGCGGCCCGUAUACGAGCACAAUUGGAGAAGGACGACAAAGACUUGCCUUCAUAUGAUGAGGUUAUGCGCAUGACAAACUUGAGCACACCCACAGCGGCACCAGCAGCAGCUACCACAGUGAAUUUUGUGCCCGCCAUGCCAAGUGCUCUUUCGAUGGGAGCCUCUAGUUCGAGUGUUAAUACCACAGAUACCACAUUGACUGUACCGCCCUAUACACCAGCUGAUCCCAACGUUUCGUCUAGCUCAAGGCCUUUGACACCGCCUCCUUAUACACCCGAACCCAUAGGAGCCUCGGUUGUCUUGCCAAUUACCACUCCUUUGCAUUCGCAACAGCCUGCACAAAGUUCAUGAGUGAAGCCUACAGAUAUGUGUAGUUUUGAGAGAUUAAAGACGUACUGGUAUGUGUGUGUGUGGUUUCUGUGUUUAAGAUCCUUAAAGGAUCCCGAGUUGUUUUUCUAAUUACUAGUAAUAAAACGAUCGAUAUUUUUAUUUUUUACUUAUUAGCGGUUUUUUUAAAUCGAAACAAAGGAAUUUUUUGGCUUUAAUGUAAAAAAAAGAAAGAAAAAAAUCAUAUUUAAUUGUUCCUGACUUACUACUUCCAUAUUUUUUGUUAAUUUUUAUUGUAUAUACUAUAUAUAAAUAGCUUUUAAUAAUUAUAAUAUUUAGGAGUAUGUUAUUAAAUAUAUAUUUUUUUAAAUUGAAUAAAGUAAUAACAAAUAGA